AUGUGCUUCGGCAGCCGCAACGUCCACGAUGAGGCGGGGGCUGCCCGCAGCAGGGAGCUCGACAAGGCCAUCCGUGCCGACGAGAAGCGCUUGCAAAAGGAGGUCAAACUGCUGCUGUUGGGCGCCGGCGAAUCAGGAAAAUCGACUGUCCUCAAGCAAAUGAAGCUGAUAUAUGCUCAAGGGUUCAGCAAGAAUGAAAAGAUCGAGUGGAAGCCUGUUGUGUUUCAAAAUAUUGUGCAGUCUUUCAGGCUUAUCCAUGAUGCCAUGCAAGAGUUGGACAUUGAGUUCGAGAACAAGGAGAACGAGGCAUGUGAAAACUCUGCAACUUUUUAUUUUCACGACAGCCCGUCUCACGCACUCGACGUCUCGCCCGCACUCGCCCGCCCCCAUCCCCCGGCCCUUGAUCCGAAUAUAAGCCUGAUUAUGGAAGAGCAAGAACUCGGCGCCCACGACGCGUUACCGAUCGAGUUUCUAGACCCUAUCAAAGCACUAUGGGUAGAUGCCGGUGUGAAGAAGGCGAUUGCAAAGGGCAACGAGUUUGCGCUACAUGACAACCUGGACUAUUUCUGUGACGACCUCGACCGUAUCUGGGACAAGAGUUACGUUCCGACAGACCAAGAUCUGCUCCGCUCAAGACUGAGGACAACUGGUAUCACCGAGACCGUAUUUGACUUGGGCCAGCUCACAUACCGUAUGUUUGACGUCGGUGGCCAAAGGUCGGAAAGGAAGAAGUGGAUACAUUGUUUCGAGAAUGUCAACUGCCUUCUUUUCCUUGUCGCUAUUUCAGGCUACGACCAGUGCCUAGUUGAGGACAAGGACGGAAACCAAAUGAAUGAAGCCUUGAUGCUCUGGGAAUCGAUUGCAAACUCGCAUUGGUUCACAAAAUCGGCACUGAUCUUGUUCCUCAACAAGAUGGACCUGUUCAAGGAGAAAAUCACAAAGAGUCCCAUUACCGAAUAUGGGUUUACCGACUAUCACGGACCAUCCGACGACUGGAAGCAGACGAGCAAGUACUUUAUGGACAAGUUCAGGGCACUUAACCGUAACCCGGAGAAAGAGAUAUACGGGCACUUCACAAACGCUACCGACACGAACCUGCUCAAGAUCACUAUGACGUCUGUACAGGACAUGAUCAUACAACGCAACCUUAAGCAACUCAUCUUGUGA